GCUGGCUUGCCUCGCUGCACGGGAAGGAGGGGGCUGCUGGCGCCGCCUUACGUAACCUGCUCCUCCGGCGGGUCUCUCACCAGGCAGCGAAGUGCGCGCGGGGCGGGGGGGGGGGGGCGGCCGGCUGCCAGGGUGCGCCUCUGCCUCCCCCCUCGCCCGCCCUUGUCCCCAAGUGCUCUCUCCGCCCCCGCCUCCUGCAGCCCCCGGCUUCUGACGUGCGUGUGUGAGAGCGCAGAGAGCCCCCCCGCCAUGCCUGCCGGAGGGGCGUGGUCUGAGGAGGAGGGGGCGGGGCUUCGACCCAUCUUUAUAGGAGGCGGCGGCUCUGGCCGCGGGAAAAGCAGCGGAGCGAGCGCCAGCAGCAGCAGCAGCAGCACCGCCGCCGCCUCCUCGCCCGACCCGACCUCCGCAGCGCAGUGCCUGUGGCCGGACUCCUGGCGGAGGCAAAAGGCCGCCAGCGCGACACGACGCAUCGUGACUGCCUCCGCCCCACAAGCAGCGGCAUUCCCCGGAGCUGCGCAGCCCAGUAACGAAGCCCCCAUGAAGCUGGAGAGUCCCAGUGCCGACCCUCGGCUGGAGUUCACGGUCGCCACCGAGAAGGAGUUUGAGGAGGUCCUGGCCAUGUCCAAGGGCAUCUAUGGGGGUCUCGACUACCUCCCCAGCCGCUACCACUCCUGGAUCCGCGAGCCCAACCGCACCGUCGUGCUGGCCAAGAAGAACGGAGCUGUGAUUGGGCUCCAGUCUGUCUUCGUCAUAGAUGCUGGGGAGACGGCCCUGGUGGAGGGGCUGCGGGUGGCCCCCUGGGAGCGCGGCAAGGGGGUGGCUGGCCUGCUGCAGCGCUUCUGCGCCCAGAUGGUGAAGGAGAAGCACCCCAGCGUCAAGGUGUCCCGCCUGACCCGGGACGACAAGCUGGGGCCCAAGGACUUCCAGAAGUACCGUGUCAUUGCUAAGCAGGGGAUCCUGCUGGUCCGCUUCAGUGCGCAGGAGCUGCUCUCCCGCCUGGACGCCGCUGUGCUGGCCCUGGCCGAGGGCGGCUUCUGCCCGCAGCCCUCGGAGCUGCUGCAAGCCAGCGAGGUGCCGGCGGUGGUGCUGCAGGAAGCCUUCCGGCAGGAGGUGCUGCCCCACGGGACCAUCAUCCAGGACUGGCAGCCCUUCAAGGCCUCGGAGAGCAACCUGGGCCUGCUGCGGGAGAAGGACCUCUGCUGGGUGGUGGACCAGAAGGCGCGCCCCACCGUGGCCACGCUCAGCACCGGCCCCUUCGCCAUCCCGCUGGGCGAGGGCUGGCUCUACCUCAACAUCGACGCCUUCGGCCGCGACCUGGCCCAGCUCAAGAGCCAGCUCCUCCACCAGCUGCGCCUGCGGGCCCCGCGCCUGCACGGCCGCGUCAUGUGCCAGCUCUUCCUGGAGCCCUCGCUGUGGCUGGAGAUGGCCGCCUUCUGCCAGGCCGGCCUGGGCCUGGAGCUGGCCAAGGACUACACCGAGCAGUACCUGCUGGAGGCCGACAUCUGAGGGCCGGGAGGGAGAGCAGCAGCAGACCACGGCCCCCGCCCCUCGGCCCCCCCGCCCCUCUCCUGCACUCGCCGCCCCUCGGCUGCAACGGCGCACUUUUCUGAGCCUUCUAGCGUGUGAUCCUGGAAAUACUUGCCCCCCCCCCCCCCGAUUCCUUGCAGGCAGAACCCGCCUCCCACCCCUCGAGGAGAACGAGAAAGCAGCCCCCUGCGGGCCCCACCCCGCGCUUCUUGUGCCCCUCCUCCCCACCUCGCCUUGCGGAGGCUGCUCUUUGGCGGCCCUUCAGCGGGCAGCUGACAAGGCCCCCCCCCGCCCCCGCUCGGCCGCUUCACCUUCGCGGUCUCCUCCCUGAACCCCUCAAGGUGGGAGCAGCAGUUGGCUGGUCGGCAAGGAAACCUGGAGAUCCGGGCCCACCUUGUGAAGCCGCCGCCCCGUCCCCCCCUCCAGCGCCCAGCCUCUGGGGACCUCGAUCUCGGCAGGUCUAGGUGGGCGGGCACAGCAGCAGGGGCCGGGCGCCCCCCCCCGGCGCCCCCCACCCCCCUUCUGGCCGCGAGUGGGCGAAGGCGGCGAGGAGCAGCAGCAGCCGCCGGGCCCCUCCUCCCUGCGGCAGGAGCGCAGCAGCGGCAGCAGCCGCCGCCACGUGGGUGAUGGAGCUCCCUCGGUGCUACGGUUGGCAUGGCAGCGGCAGGGGGAGCCUAGCAACCGGCGUGACGCACAGGACGGCGCCUGGCAACCGUUGACGUGGCGAUGGUGCCCAGUGAUGUGGCGACGGACAGAGCGGUUCCAAGGUCAUGCUGACCUCCAGUGCCUACCGAAGGGACCUGGUGGGGGCAGCCCCCUUCCUCCCCCCCCCACCUUAUACCUCGGCCCUGCACUUUCCCUGUUUCUCUAGGGCAGCGUUGAGACCCACUAAUGUGCAAUACUAGAGUCCUGUAAAUGGAGAUAUAUUUAUAAAUGUCUGGGGUGCAAAAGUCAUCUUGGGCCUCCUGACAGUGUCAAGAGCCAUAUUCCAGAUCCCCUGCAGACAAGCCCCCCCCCGCCCCGCCCGCCCGCCAAUGCCUCCUCGCUUCCCGGUUGCUGAAGGCGGCAGCAUCCGGAGGGCACCAGGUGCGCUUGGGGCUGGUCGUGCAUGGCACAGGUGACCUCCCAACGUCUUGGCCUCCUGCGUGAUCCAGAAAUCCAGGCACCAGCAAAGCCUGCGGGAGGCACUUUGCUUCCUCGCCUAAAGCACCCCGCCCAGCUGAUCCCCCCCCCCACUUCUCUACAAGAAAUCAGGACAGGCAGGCUCCCUUAGAGGGACUCUCCCUUCCUGCUCCUUUCCGGAGACUCUUCCUCUGCGCCAGGGAGCGGGGGGGGGGGGCUCCCUCCUGUGUGUGUAUCUCCUCCCAGCUCCCCUUCUGGAAUGCAAGAAUUUCCCCCACCCUCGCAAUAAAACUCUGGCCUGUACCCACA